UUGUAAACACCAGUAGUACUGAGAUAUUUAAUCGUUGAAGGUUCUUUUAAGCGCUUAUAUAUAAUACACUUUAGAUAAACAUUUUUUUAUACGCCCGGGUAAAACAUCCAAAUUCCAACUCAAGGGUAGUUGAACAUGUUUUAAUUAGUUCAGAACUAGGUCUUUGAAGCAUAAGACCUUCCAACGAGUUACGAUCAGCCAAUUAGAAGUAAAAGGACAGGUUAAAAUCGUACAGGUUGCAAUUUAAACCGGGAGGAAAAGCGGGAUGAAACUGGUACAGAUAGGUUAGUAGUUAUACUAUAGUCGGAAGUUAUUUUGUGAUUUAUAUAUCAAUACAUAUUUAUGAUACAUAGUUCAAUAUUCAAAGUGAAGUUUGUUAAUCUUGAAAAGAAAUUCUCGAGGGUGUUGACAUUGGUUUGUUUCAGACACUUAUGAAUAUACACAUGAAUUACACUGCAUGUUUUGUCCUUUUAGGACUAAUUGGUGAUGCUAGGGACCAAAAUGCUAGAAAUGCAAUUUGGUCAAAACUAUUGUUGAAACAGAAGAGGACGGGCGUUAAAAACCCUUUAACUUCUGAACUUAUUCAGAGGAGUACUGGUUACCUUACUGUUUUGAUGGACUAUUAAAAGCACAACGUGCACAUAAUUGCCUUGUUGUGUUAAUUGGCCGCUUAGACUAUCUUUGCAAUAUUGAAAUACAUUUCUCUGAUAACGGACUGUGACGAUUUCAAAUAAAAUUGAUUAAAAUUGUUUAAAUAUCUUGACAUAUGCCGACAAUGCUCCAAGUCCAAGUACACUUGUUCCUUGCCAACCUUGCAAUGUGAGAAUGGAUUCACCUUUGACACCGAUAAGGUAAAAAGAACGUCCUCGUUGAACUAGCCGGGAGCUCACCUUAAAACUAGCGCCAGUUAAGAAGCAGCUUUGAAAAGAAGAUUUCAAUUGAAACGACUUUUCAUCUGAGACAACAACGGAUCACACGACACCACAUAUCACAGAAAAGACCACACAAGGUACGUCUGGAAUACAAUUUUGCGCCUACGUUGGGAACAUGCAGUUUUUAUAUAAACUGGUUUAUUUAAAUGCCCCUUACUUUAUCUUGUGUUUGUUAUUCAGAAAAAUGUGGUUUAGUUUAGAACCAGGACAGUCGCUUCUUUAAGCUGUUUUUUGUUUCAUAACAUAUAAGCAAUGCUGCUUUUGACAACGAAUACAAAAAUCUGAAUGGGAUAUAUAUGCAACAUCGAAAUGUAUGCUCAUAUGAUGUCACAAUUAAAACAGAAAUAACAUAAAUUAAACCUUGUUUGAAAUCGAGGACAACCUAUAUGCAUACAAUAAUGUCAUGUAAAGCAUGAUGAUGAUAUUGAAAUGUUUAUGAAAUGCUCAUUAUUAAUUCUGAAAUAUAAUUUAACAAUUUAACAGCAUGAUAUUGUAAAUGGUAUACAGGCCAAUUUCAUUUUUGUUUAAACUUAACCUUUGACAAAGAAGACACUAUCACGUUAUAAGGUGAAAGGAGCAGAAAUGAGCGUCGAUGUUAUUUAAAAAUACAAAAUCAAGUAAAUCCUUACGAUUUAGUUAUUCAUUUUUAUGUAAAUUUGUAUAAUAAACACAACUGAAUCUCAACGAAACAUGUCAAAAGCUUCACCGGAGGAAGAUGGCAACUUGAAAAUGACCUGCGAAUUUGAUGCGAAAGGAAGCUGCGGCAAUAUUGAAUGGCGAAUCAGAGACUACAGUGCGAGUAAAAACACAUCAAAGAUAACGAUUACACACAGGGAUGAUGGUUUUAGAAAACAAUCAGAAAUUACUAUUCACUCUUUGACCCCGAGAGAUGCAGGAAAGGUAUACUGUGGUCUGGGAGGCCAAAACAUGGUGUUUAAUGUAACGGUUCAACCUUUGCCGAUUCUGAAGAUUUUUCCUUUGUCUACGGCAGUAGAGGAAGGGAAUAACGCAACCAUCGUUUGUAAGAUAAGCAACUGGCUUGAAAUCAACUGGUCUAAUUGGACAAUUACCUUGUUCCAUGAUGGAUCACCACUGCUAAGCGAAACAAAUGUGUCAGAAUUGCAAUUGCCUUUUCCGACCAUUAAAUCGUCCGAUGGUGGGUAUUACCUAUGUAAAUUGUGCCGAAAAAAUCCGCAUGAAAAGUGUUUGACUCAGACCAGCAGCCUCAUAGUCGAUACAAAAGCAGUUAUCCGUUGUCCUGCAGAGCUCAUCAAUGGCAUCAUAUGGGAAGCAACCCCAGCUAAUUACUCCUCGACAAAUAAUUGCCCGUCCGGAUACUUAGGAACUGCAAAUCGACUUUGUAAUGGAGAUGGGAGAUGGGACAGUGUAAAUAUGUUUGAGUGUGUUAGGGAAGAGAUUUUGCUUGCAACGAAUGAGAUUAACGACCUCAAUCAGUUUGGAGGCACCACAGAGGAGAAAGGUAAACAGAUAGGGUAUGCAUUAGACAUAAUCGCCAAUAUGACACUGCCUGGGGACAACAAACAGAUGACUGCUGGCGAUCUGCACAAUACAACAGCUGUUCUUAACCAUAUGGUGGAACUCAUUACAUCCGACGAGAACACAGUAAGAGUGAACAAAACGAAGUUUGUAGGAAUUAUUAGUGACAUGCUCUCAGAAAGCAAUAAGGCCUCAUGGACGAAAGUCAAUGACAACAGCAAGAAUACUGACUUGCCAUCUGGAGCCACCAGCCUGUUGAUGACGGUGGAAAGAUUUGGUUCGGCUGUCGCAAAAAACCUUACAAGUCGGAACGCAAAAAUUAAUAUUAUCACACCGAAUAUUAUUAUCAAAAUUGAGAAACCAAGCUCUUCGAACAUAGAAUUCAAACCAGAAAACUCUUCUCCAGGGUCAGGACACGGAAUAUCACUGAAUCUACAUGACUUUGAUGAUAUAACAUUUACUGCUGCCCUAUACAAAACCAUGGGAUUUCUUCUUCAAAACAAGAACGGUUCUGACGGUGUUCAACAGUAUACAUCCGAGGUCCUAUCACUGUCCAUCAACGGUAGGGAAACGAACCACCUUAAAACUCCUGUCAUGUUGACAUUUGACACGGUUAACCUUACACGGGAUCAUAAUCUGACGAACAACAUUAAAAAGAGAUGUGUAUUCUGGAAUGAAACACAGGGCUGGCUAUCUCAGGGCUGUAGCUGGGUAAAUCAUUCCUGUCAGUGUACACAUCUCACAAACUUCGCCGUUCUUAUUAGUCCCAUAGAGGUGUCGGAUGCCUAUGUUCUCCGGAUAAUCAGUUUUGUGGGCUGUAUCCUGUCGGUGUUAUCCACAGUGACAACAAUGGUGGUAUACCUGAAGCUAUGGAGGUAUUUAAAAAGUGACAGAAGCCGUUUACUACUAAAUCUGUGUGCGGCGCUAACCACUUCCUACGUAUUGUUUCUCGUGGGUAUUGACAAAACACAAAACAAUACUCUGUGUACCACUAUAGCCGCAUUGCUACACUACUUUCUCCUGUCGACCUUUUGUCUGAUGCUGGCGGAGGGUAUUCAACUUUUCAUAUCCGUUACAUCUGUGUUUCACGUUAAAUCAAAGCUGAGAUGGUUACUUCUUCUUGGAUGGGGUGUUCCUUUAGUGGUAGUGGGCGUGACGGUCGGCAUGAAAUAUAACAAUGAAUACCACUCGGAAGACUACUGCUGGCUUACACUGUCAAACGGCGUCUUAUACUCCUUUGUUGGACCAGCAGUUGGUGUCAUACUGGUGAAUAUCAUCAUCAUUUUCUGUGUGAUGAAAGCUUUGUAUUCGUCACAGUUUAUCAGGACGAAAACAGAAAAACAGAAAAUUGCUACGGGGGUUAGAAGUGUGACUGUACUACUUCCGGUUUUGGGUGUCACGUGGUUAUUUGGAGUUAUAUCCGUUAAUGACGACCUUAUCGUAUUCCAGUACCUGUUUGCGGUCACCAAUUCACUACAGGGUUUCUUCAUAUUCUUAUUUUACUGUAUUUUUAACGUACCGGUCAGACGAGCUUUAGAGAAGAAGAUUAAGCGAUUUGAAUACAGGACUCAGUCUUCGAAAAUCGGAAGUAAACUACAGGUGAUGAAUACAAAGUCCACAGAUAGCGGUAAAACUAAAGAUGAAGACAGACCACAGCAGCAGUUUCAUAACCCAGUGUUCCGUUAUCCUCGUCCCUAUAUUGACCAUAACAUCGAAGAUCCACAAUACAACGUACAGACGAACCGAUCUCUAUGCUUGUCAUCACCUUACGACACCAGUGCUGUUGGAAACCGAUACAAUUACAGACCUCGCACGUACAUGUUAUCGUGAAGGGCACCGUACUAGCACAUGUUUAACUUAAAAAGAGCGGGAAAAAGAAACUGCAUGUGACAUCAGAAAAAAACAAUGACUAAGAACAAUUAGAAUGUUGAUAAAAAGGUUUAGGAUAGAAAGUGGAUAUCUACAAUUAAGUUUAGGAUAGAGAGUGGAUAUAUCUACAACGAAGUUUAGGAAAGAGAGUUGAUAUCUACAAUGAAGUUUCGGAUAGAAAGUGGAUAUCUACAAUGAAGUUUAAGGAUUGAGAGUUGAUAUCAACAACGAUGUUUUAGGAUCGAAAGUGGAUAUAAGAGAUGAUGUUUAAGGAUAUAGAGGAGAGGGUUUUAACAAUGAGGUGACGGAAAGAGAGUAGAUAUCAACAACAAGGAUUUAGGAUCUAGAGUGGAUAUCUACAAUGAGGUUAAAAGAUCGAGAGGAGAUAUCAACAACGAGGUUUUAGGAACUAAAGUGAAUUUAUAUUGCAGUUUAAAAAUCGAGAGGGGAUAUCUAUAAUGAUAUCUACAGUGAGGUUUUAAUAUCAAGGCUGGAUAUCUACAAUAAAUUUCAGGAUCGAAAGAAGAUAUUUUAGGAUAUUACUGAAUAUCCACAAUGCCAUUUGAAGGUAUAAAGUGGAUAUCUACAAUGAGGCUUCAGGGUCGGAGGGGAUAUUUACAACUAAAGUUGAGGAUAGAGAGUGGGGGAUCUUUAAUGAGGUUUAAGGAUAGAGAUUGGAUAUGUACAAUGACAUUUUAAGAUAGAGAGGGGGUAUUUACAUACCGAGUUCCUUUCAGAAAGAUGUAGUGAGUUGGUUUUCAAAAACACUGCUACAUGUUCAGAAGGCAUACACGAGUAUCAUUCCAGAGUGCACAUAUAUGUUAAAGUUUGUGUUCGAGUGGCUUAAGAAUAUACCUUAUAUCUAUUUUCCAGGAUUAUACGUUCAAGCGACGUCUCCAGAAUAAGGCGAUAAUUGUGGUAUUACUUACUUCAAAUUUAAUUUGUUUGAACUAUUUGGCAAACAGUGUAGUAUGGGAAAAUGAUGAUGUAAAGUAGAAUAUUACGAUCCAUUGUUCAAAUAAUGAUAUGGAAUAAGACAAUAGAAACUAAU